UUGAAGUCUUAAGCAAUUGCUAUUCGUUUGGCAAUUCGUGCGCAUACGCCCGGUGCUUUUGUGUAAACGUUAAGUUCAGUGUGAUCAAUCAGGACAAUUUUUAAAUCCUGUACUAAAUUCCAGUGUUUAAUUUUGAAAUAGAAUCAUGUCGUCUAAUAAUGAAACACAACAGUUGGAUAUUUCCUUAAAUAAGGAAUCAAACUUAAAAAAAAAUAAAAAAUAUUCAAGAUCAUUUCCUGAAUCCGAAGGCGAUGAAAUUGUUAUCUCCGGAAUGGCUGGGAAAUUUCCAAACUCUCAUAAUAUUGAGGAGUAUGAGUUCAAUCUCUACAAUAAGGUUGAUAUGGUGGAUGAUGAUGAGCGGCGUUGGCGACAUUUCAAUCCCGAGAUUCCAAAGCGAUCUGGAAAAAUUUACGAUUUGGAAAAAUUCGACGCAACAUUUUUUGGUGUACAUUUCAAACAAGCCCACACAAUGGAUCCUCAAACGCGUAUUUUAAUCGAGACUGCCUAUGAGGCUGUAAUAGACGCAGGCAUAAAUCCGAAGAGUCUACGUGGUACAAAAACUGGGGUUUACAUUGGUUCCUGUAUAUCUGAGUCGGAGAAAACGUGGUUUUAUGAAAAGGUGUCUUCGGGUGGUUUUGGUAUAACAGGAUGCAGUCGUGCGAUGAUGGCAAAUAGAAUAUCCUAUUGUUUGGGUUUACAAGGCCCAUCCUUUUUAUUGGAUACCGCAUGUUCUAGCUCAAUGUAUGCCUUAGACAAUGCGUUCUCCGCUUUGCGUAAUGGUGAAAUAGAUGCAGCUAUUAUUGGUGGAUCGAAUUUAAUAUUGCAUCCGUUUGUAACACUUCAGUUUGCCAGACUUGGUGUACUUGCUCCUAAUGGUUACUGCAGACCUUUUGAUAAAAAUGCCUCUGGGUAUACUCGAUCUGAAGCUAUAAAUUGUCUAUUCCUACAGCGUAAACGAGAUGCUAAACGCAUAUAUGCGAGUGUUAUUUACUCAAAGACCAAUUGUGAUGGGUAUAAACCGGAAGGCAUUACUUACCCCUCUGGAAAACUGCAAGAACAACUGAUUGCUGAAUUUUAUAAUGAAAUAGAUAUUAAACCUAACGAUUUGGGUUACUUAGAAGCCCACAGUACUGGAACUGUGGUCGGAGAUCCCGAAGAAUGUCGAGCAAUUGAUAGUGUACUAUGUAGUCAACGUGAGGAACCACUAUUAGUUGGUUCUGUAAAAUCAAAUAUCGGCCAUUCAGAAGCGGCUUCCGGUAUUUGCUCUCUAGUGAAGGCAUGUUUUGCAUUUGAAAAUGGGAAAAUUGCGCCAAAUAUUAACUUCACUGAAGUAAAACCAGAAAUUACUGCUUUGUCAGAAGGACGUCUAGUUGUGGUAAACGAUGUCGUUGACCUGAAGAAACCAUAUAUAGGAGUGAAUUCUUUUGGUUUUGGUGGUGCCAACGCCCAUGCCCUUUUAAAAGGUUUUGACAAACAAAAAGUAAAUUGCGGUGUACCAAACGAUGACAUACCAAGAUUAAUAACAUGGGCUGGAAGGACUGAGGAAUCCGUCAAUCAUAUAUUCAACGCUAUAGAAAAACAGCCAUUGGAUGCCGAAUUUGUUGCUUUACUACAUAAUAUUCAAAAGGAGGAAGUUUCCGGGAUGGUGUUUCGUGGAUAUGGGGUAUUUGCGAAAAAUGGAACGGAUCAAGUAAAAACACUCGUUAGAGACGUGCUCCAUUUUACUGGUAUAAAACGUCCUAUCGUUUGGGUAUUUAGUGGAAUGGGUUCACAGUGGACUGAAAUGGGAGCGUCAUUACUCCAGAUUCCUACUUUUUGGCAAUCCAUUCAGCAGAGUCAUAAAACGCUACAAUCCAAGGGACUUGAUUUAAUCAACAUACUCACAUCCACAGAUACUAAUACAUUCGACAAUAUAAUGCACUCUUUCGUAGGCAUAGCCGCAAUCCAAAUUGGUUUGGUUGAUCUCUUGCGCUCAUUGAACAUCGAGCCCGAUUAUAUUAUUGGUCAUUCGGUUGGCGAAUUGGGUUGCGGCUAUGCCGAUGGAUGCUUUACUGCAGAGCAAAUGAUUCUCGCUGCAUAUUAUCGUGGAAAAGUCAGUUUGGAAAUUGAGAAAAUAAAAGGUUCAAUGGCAGCUGUGGGAAUGGGCUAUAAAAAGAUUGUCAAUAUGCUUCCUGAUGGCAUUGAGGUAGCUUGUCGGAAUAGUUCUGAAUCUUGUACCAUUUCCGGACCAGCUGAAGAUAUAGCAAAAUUUGUGGCGGAGCUAAAGGCUAAAGACAUUUUUGCCAAAGAGGUGCCUUGCUCAAAUAUUGCUUACCACUCCCGUUACAUAGCUCACAUGGGCCCUGACUUUCUAAAAUAUUUGCAACAAAUAAUACCAGAUCCAAAACCUAGAAGUACAAAAUGGUUGAGCACAAGUGUACCUAAACAAGAAUGGGAACAGCUUGGACGUAAUUUAUGCUCUGCAGAGUAUCACGCCAACAACCUUUUGAAUAGCGUAUUAUUUGAAGAAACAUUUGAAAUGCUACCAAAAAAUGCUAUAACUAUUGAAAUCGCACCCCACGGUUUACUACAAGCGAUUGUGAAACGAUCAAUGCCCAAUGGCAUUCAUAUUCCACUUACACAAAGGAACAAUAAAAAUAACUCUUUGUUUUUCCUCACGGCGUUAGGAAAAUUGUUUAGCAAUGGAGUUACGUUCUCCGUAGAAAAUUUAUAUUCUAAAAUUGAAUUCCCAGUGUCAAAGGGUACCCCUGGCAUAAGCUCAUUAAUUCGUUGGGAUCAUAGUGAAGACUGGUUUGUAACGAAAUAUGAGAACAUGAAAACUAAAUCGAGUGGAGAGCGUUUAUACAAAAUAAACUUAAGUAGCGAUAAUGAGGAAUUUAUGAGUGGGCAUGUUAUUGAUGGAAAAAUACUAAUACCGGCUACUUGCUAUCUACAAUAUGUUUGGGAAACAUUUUCUUUGAUGUAUCAUGGUCCAAGCUAUAUGGAUGUUCCAGUUGAGUUCGAGGAUGUACGCUUCUUACGUGCGACAAAUAUGACUUUGAAUGGAAGUGUCGAACUGAAUGUCAUGAUUCACUACGGAACUGGACAAUUCGAGAUUACCGAAUCCGGAAACUUGGUUGUUACAGGACGAAUAAGUGAAGUUGAAAAUCCGACUAUACCAAAUAUUUAUGAACCACAUAAGGAUUCAGAAUUCCCAAUGUUAUCAAAGAAAGACUUUUACAAAGAACUAAGGCUGCGAGGAUAUCAUUAUAAUGGUGCUUUUCGCGCAGUGCAACUAGCGCGUGGAGAUGGCUUAUAUGGAAAAGUAGAAUGGAAGUAUAAUUGGGUAACAUUUAUGGAUGCUAUGCUACAAAUUGAAAUUUUGGGAACGGAUUCUCGUACUUUACUUAUACCAACUAAAAUACGAAAAUUAAGGAUUAAUGGCCCUCAUCAUUUUGACCUCAUGACGAAAAUGGAUCCAGAAAACAGAGUUUUUGAUGUUUACGUUGAGCCAAAAUAUGAUCGAAUUGUUGCUGGUGGUAUUGAACUAAUUGGGCUACACGCAAGUCCAGUACAGAGACGGAAAGCGCCCGGAUUACCUGUGCUCGAGACAUAUCAAUUUGUAUCACAUUUUCCAACACCAACUCUGGAUAUUUCAGAAGCAAUUCGAAUGUGCGUCCAGUUAGCCCUGGAAAAUACUCCUUUAUUGAAAAUAAAAGUUGUGGAAGUUGGCGCGCCUAAUAAAGAGCCGGUCGUAUCGAAAUUUGUAGAAGCAAUUGAAGAUUUACCACUGGUAACAGGUGAUUUUCUGCUUUUCACAGAUCAACAAGUUGAUGAUAUAGCCGGAGUUCAUAUAGAAAACGCGAAAUUCGUCAAUCAAACCAAUUGUCAUUUUAUAAUUGCCAAUGAUUUGAGUCAUCAGGAAAACGCUACAGUAGUAACAGCAGUAUACAAAUGUUUAGCUGAAAAUGGUUAUUUAGUCACAAGAGAAAAGAAGUUCAUAUACCCACAUAGUUCAACAUAUUUUGAAAACUUCAAUGUAAUAGCAAAUAUCCGUUUGAUGGGUGAUGAGCAAGUAAUAUUAUUGCAAAAGGUUGGGAAAAAACCCAUAUUGGAGCCAUUAGUUGUGAAAGUUUCUGAAGAAGAUAAUGAAUUUGAAUGGAUUACUCAAAUUCAAACAAGCCUUGCCAAUAAAACACCAAUAAUUCUUUAUUCCUUCAACGAAAAUUCAAAUGGUAUUAUUGGACUUGUGAACUGCUUACGUAAGGAGCCAGAUGGCAAUCUCAUUUCGUGCUUUUAUAUUGAUGAUAAUAAUGCACCUGCCUUUGAUUUGGCAAAUACUUUUUAUAACAGCCAAUACGCUUUAGGACUUGCUAUUAAUGUAUAUCGUCAGGGUCAAUGGGGAUCUUAUAGACAUUUGCAGUUACUUAGCGAUGAAUCGCCAAAGCCAAGAAGUGAUCAUAUUUACGGAAACGUUAUGCAACGGGGUGAUUUAUCCACUUUACGUUGGUUGGAGGGACCUUUGGACAUAAAUAAUUGCUCUGUUCGAAUUGUGUACUCAUCACUUAACUUCAGAGAUGUUAUGCUAGCAACUGGUCGAUUGGCUGUUGAAUUAUACGGUAGUAGUCGUCUUGAUCAGCUAUGCGUAUUAGGCUUGGAAUUCUCCGGAAUAAAUACGCAUACUGGUAAACGUGUUAUGAGUAUGGUAGCAAAAGCUGGUGUUGCAUCGUAUAACGAAAGGCCGUCCAAAUUCAUAUGGGAUGUUCCAGAUAAAUGGACUCUCCAAGAAGCUGCUACCGUGCCAGUUGUCUACAUUACAGUAUACUACGCUUUCUUCAUGACAACCGAUAUUCGAAAGGGAAAGAGUAUUCUUAUUCAUGCUGGAACUGGUGGAGUAGGUCUUGCCGCCAUACGAGUCGCUUUGGCAUACAAUCUUGAAGUAUUUACGACUUGCAGCACUGAUGUAAAAAAACAAUUCUUACUAAAAACAUUUCCCGAAUUAAAAGAAAGUCAUAUUGGCAAUUCUCGAGAUACAUCCUUUGAAACCAUGAUACAGCAUGAAACGAAUGGCAAGGGCGUCGAUUUUGUACUAAACUCUCUGGCUGAAGAUAAGUUAUUGGCAUCAGUUCGCUGCUUGGGGCACGGUGGACAUUUCUUAGAAAUCGGAAAGUUCGAUAUGUCGAAUGACACCAAACUCGGAAUGAGCUGUUUUCUUAAAGAGAUAACUUUCCAUGCUGUACUGGCCGAUAGAUUGGAAUUUGCCUCCGAUGAGGAUAUUCUCUAUUUGAAACAUAUGGUUGAUGUCGACAUUGAAAAAGGAAUCAUUCAACCGCUUCCAAGUACAAUUUUCCAUGCACAUGAAAUUGAACAUGCAUUCAGGCAUCUCAUAGGAGGAAAGCAUAUUGGAAAAGCUAUAAUUCAAGUUCGAGAAAGUCCCGAUUCGAAAGCAACGUUACCAGUCAAAGUAUUGAAUCAAAUUUACUUUAAACCGGACGUUAGCUAUAUAAUUCCGGGUGGUUUAGGCGGGUUUGGCUUAGAAUUAGCAGAUUGGAUGGUAAUACGAGGAGCACGUAAAUUGAUUAUGAGCUCCAGCCGUGGUAUAUCGAAAGACUAUCAAGCCUACAGAAUAGCAUUAUGGAAAACCUAUGGUUGUGAAGUUACUGUUAGUACUUUGGAUAUUAGCACGGUUGAGGGUUGUAUGGCACUUCUUAAAGUUGCUGAAAAUGUAGGACCCGUUGGUGGAAUUUUCAAUUUAGCUGUUGUUUUGAGAGACGGAAUAUUUACAAACCAAACGAAGGAAAAGUUUUUAGAAAGCUUUGCACCUAAAGCAAUGGCAACAAAACAUUUAGAUCAACUAUCACGAUUACAUUGUCCGCAUCUUGAACAUUUCGUCGUAUUUUCGAGUGUAUCAUGCGGCCGAGGCAAUGCUGGACAAUCUAAUUAUGGCAUGGGUAAUUCUAUAAUGGAACGUAUAAUUGAGAAUCGGGUUAAAGAUGGUUAUCCAGGAAAAGCAAUCCAAUGGGGAGCGGUCGGUGAAGUUGGUUUAGUAGCAGAUAUGGCUGAAGAUAAAAUCGACAUGGAAAUUGGCGGAACUCUGCAGCAACGCAUUUCAUCUUGCCUAUAUGAGUUGGACACAUUGUUAUCUACUCCAGAGGCAAUAGUUUCUAGUAUGGUAGUUGCUGAAAAACGUACCGGACGCUUAGGUAAUGAAAGCAUUCUGGAUACAGUCAUGAAUAUUAUGAGCAUACGUGAUUUAAAAUCUAUUUCACUGGGAACAACACUUUCGGAAAUGGGGAUGGAUUCCCUCAUGGCUGUCGAAAUUAAGCAAACUUUAGAAAGAGAUUUCGAUCUUAUAUUGACACCACAAGAUUUACGUGCCCUUACUUUCCAAAAACUACAAGAAUAUGCAGAUGCUCGCGAGAAAGAAAGUACGGAGGUUGUUAAAAUGAUAUUUGCUUCAGAUAGUAAUCUUUUAGGAAUGGAAAUCUUAUUAAGAAAUUUGGGUGACGAAACACGUUGUAAUGAGAUUAUGGUACCCCUGAAGACAGCGGCAGAUGCCACAAAACAGUCUAUGCCGCCAAACAUUAUAAUACCGGGGUUAGAGGGUACAGCAGGACAAGCCUGGUAUAAUAUGGGAUCAUAUAUAAAGAAUAACACAAAUGUUUUACAACUCCACCAGUUUAGUGAAUGUACAACAGUUAAGGAAGUAGCUGAAAAAUGUUUUGAAAAUGUCAAGGCAGAAUUAAAAUCUACAGAACCGUUUUAUAUCAUUGGAUAUUCAUAUGGCUCAUUUAUUGCACUGAAAUUAGCUGCAAUGCUGGAAAAGGCUGGUUAUCGAGGACAACUCUUGCUCAUCGACGGAUCGCCACAUUUCCUAAAAAAAUUAACACUAGCACAUCUUGGUGAAGAUUACAGCGACAAUGAUCUAUAUAACUUACUCCUUUCCAGUAUUGUAAAACAAAUAUUUCCGGAAGAAAUCCAAGAAUCAGUGGCUUUAGAGUUUGGUGCACGUAAAGAACUAACGGAGAAGAUGAUUAAGUUUAUGGAAUACGUAAGCAAACAAGAUUUAUAUAGCGAAGAAUACGCAAAGCAAAUGGUGCAUGCAAUGUUCCGACGUAUACGAAUGGCCGCAAACUAUGAUUUAGAAACUACUGAUAUACUUUCAACACCCAUAGUUUUAGUAAGACCAGCAGAGGUAUCUUUACAAGACAUAGAAGAUGACUAUUGUUUGUCAAAAAUUACUACAGGAAAAGUGGUUUUGAAAGUUAUUGAAGGAAACCAUACGUCUAUGUUGGAUAACCCCAUUCUUCCGCAAAUAAUUAAUGAAAUGGAUCCAUCCCUCCAAGAAGAUAAAAACUUUGAAGAAUACAUACGUGAUGUGAAACCAAUCGUUCCUGUGGUUUAAUAAAAUCUCGUAUUCUUUAUUUUAUUGCA